AUGGCGGCUCCCGGUGGCGUAUCGGCCCUCGUCGCUGCCUUCGCCUUUGGAAUCGUCGUUAACGCCGCGUCCGCUGCACUCUUUCUAUCUUUCAAGGCCGGCAAUGGAUCUAUCUUUCGGGACGGCCAGAGGCUGGUCCUCGCUACUUUUCUUCUAAGCGCCGCUCUGUGGGCUCAGAUUGGCUUCAUCACCACCGCUGUGGAUGUGAACGCCGCCAGCGCGUGCUCAAUCACUGCCAUAUUUACCACCGUCUUCGACCAGCUCGCGCGCUUCUCCAUCGAGCAAUUUCUGCUAUGGGCUAUCAACAGCGGAACCCCCGGCGGGGUGGGACAGUACUUCCAACAGGCCGUUCUCCUGGCCAGGUUCGCUGUCGGCUUUGUCUUUGUGGGUUUCACCAGGAGGCAGUCGACUGAAGUCUGCGCGCCCAUCUCGUCCAUGCUUCCGAUCGCCCUCAUAGUCGUGGGGUUGGACGUGGUGGUCCUAGCCAUGUUGACCGGUCGGGCCUAUGCCGUCGGUGUGUUCAGCAGCGCCAAGGCAUCACCCGACAGCCUGAGAAGCGGUGCUGCCCGUGGCAAGGCGAUUGUAGCCAUCUUGGUCGGCUUUGCCAUCUGGACUGCCACAAGCGUGACGCUGCAUCUAGGGAUGCCUACAAUUGACCUUGUACUUAGAACCGCGCUCCCGGCAGCCGGUAUUACCAUCUUAAUAAUUAUUGUGACCUCAUCAAUCGACUCUUUUUCAAACGAACCCAAGGCUCGCCAUUCACGACAGCCAGAAUCGCCAACAAGACAACUCGACACCCGUGACCUGACUACCGCCGGUUCCGAUGAGUAUCCCCCGAUACGUUACGAAGACCUGAAACGCGACGAUACGAAUGUUUACGCGCAGCCUCGGGCGAUGGGCGGAGGCAUGGGUAACACGACUAUGAUUGGCGUUGGAGGACAACCGGUGACGGGAGCGCUGUUUCCCCCCAUGAGGGCUGCAACGGAGCCUAUGACGCCUGGAUCACGAAAGACCGGAGUACCGGUGAAAAGGGCUGCCUUUGAUGCCAAUGGCAAGGUGCUCAUUUCCGAACCCAUCCUCGAAGCCACGGGCGACCAGAAUCCGCUUAACAAGAUCCCGACGAUGGACCUCGAAAAAGCCGCCGAGAUGGACAGGGAAAAGCGCCAAGAGGCAUUGGAGCUUCUCCAGAGGGAAUCUGCUCUGAUUGCCAAGCGGCCUGCGCCGCAGCCCCCCAGCGUCACCUCUUCAGAGGAUUCGUUGAUGCGCGCUAGGAGCCUGAAGCGCAAGACAAACAUGACAAUGAGCACUGGAAUUGUUGGGCAGGCAACAAUGACGAGAAUGGAGCAUGUGCCGAUGCCAGUGCCUAUGCAGACUUCGGCCACGACAACGUCGGCAGAGCUUUCACCUGGGGUGGACGAGAUCCGCAGGAGAUCUCCUCGGCAUAAUCCUGAAGCCGAAAGCCCCGGCGCCGAGCCAUACAGAACUGAGCGGUCCCCAAGGCGGAGGUCCCAGGAUAGCGAAGUUCUGCCAUCGAGAUCACCGUCCCAGCGAUCACGUAAAACGCCCUCCCCUCCUCCAGCCCGUACGACAGGGGAUGCGCCCCCCAAGGUGAUCGGCGCACCGUCGAACCAGGAUCGUGCCAACAUGGCGCCAAAUGCCAACCAGUUCCAAUCCGCAUUUUACGUACCUAUCAGACCGUCCCGCCAACGUAGCAAGUCUGAAGCGAAGACCGGUCCCGACGCUCCCCAGACGCAGCUCCAAAGGCGGCCCACGAUCGGUCUACCUGGAAAUCCCAGAGCCAAGGCAAUGGCUAUGCCCCCCGCUGCCAGCGGCAAUGACGACGCAGAGGCCAAGCAAGGGCAGCGGCAACAAACCAUCAUGUUUGUUAACAACAUCACUUACAAUAAUCCAGAAACCGUCCAGAACAUUAUAGACGAGGCCAACAAUAACAUGAUGAUGGAUGAUAAUGUGGUAGAUUUCCCGCUGAAAAAGACAAACUCGAUGGUUCACAGGCCCAGACCUAUUCCAAGGAAGCCAGAAAAGGACCGCGUUAUCUUCCCUGCUGAGCCUUCACCUAACCAGAUGAAGCAUAGAAGGUCAAAGUCGGGCGGUUCGUUGACAAGUCGGCGCUCCAUUCUGCAGUCGGCUCCAGGCAGCCCGACCCAGCUGCCGCCUCUGCCACCACCUCCGAAGAGUGCCGCUGGUCUGAUGAGGCCACAACCAAAUGACACCAAGAGCAUGACAUUUGACGAGAAGAUGGACUUGUUCUAUUCUGUUGACAACCCGGCUCCGCCUAGGCCUGCGGUGCCACCCGUACCGUCCAAUUUCUUCGACAUGAGCGACACAAACACACUUCACGAAGAGGAAGAUGACAGGAAAUCACGGGCUACUCAUAGGACGACCAGGUCUUCAUUCAAGACGGAAAGCGUUCUUGACUUCUCACCCACGGAGCCCGAGGGAAUACGGCAAACCCAGAGGUCGACGAACCCGGCGGACAUCGAGCACGACGAGAUGUACUUCAUUUCCGGAAUUGAGGAAACUAUCCCGCAGAAUCGACCCUCAUUUGGUAACGCCUCGAAACGUGCAUCCUCACCCAUCAUUCCAGCACCACGAGACUCUGCCUGGACCGACGUCUCCGACACGAAAGCAUGGACAGAAGCCGAGACAGCUUGGGGAUCUCUUCAUUCGCCUGUGGUCGCGGUCAAUCUCCAGAAAGAGAAGGCAAGGCAGCUUGAGAUCGCUCGUGUUAGUUCGCAGGAGGAGGCGAAGGACGAUCAGAAGCCGAGACCCGACGCCAAAAUCGUUUCCGAACUUUUCAACAACCGAGACGACGGCCGCGAAACCAUGAUGUUUAUGCUCGACCCUUCGGUGGUACAAGACCAACCCCGGAAUGUGCAGGAGCAGCAGGCCCAGGAGGUGGAGGAGCAGCAGGCUCAGGAGGUGGAGGAGCAGCAGACUGAGCAAGAGCAGGAGGACUUUGUGGAGGACGAGGAGGCAACUUUGCCCAGCACAGUGUUCUCUGGCUGGCAUAGGCGUGUCGGCGAAGACUGCCCGACAUUCUCUGAGCGCAAGGAAAAGAUGCGUUCCCGAAUGCCUCCUCCGAUCCCUCUCCUGCUCAGACAACCCUCCACGAGAAACCCUGUGAUUGUCAAGGCAGCCGAGCCGUCGCCCCUGGAUUCGCCGGAGCAAGCCCUACAAAUGAUUCAAGCGCAGCUCAGGAAGAUUGACCAGCCAAACCGGGAUUCGUACGAGAGCCAGGGCACUCGCAAUGCACUCUUGGAAAAUCUGGAGAAAGAGAUGGACGCGCAACAGGAUCACUGGGAGGAUAUGAAGCACGGCAUAAGGGACUCGCUAUCAACGGUUCGCACUUCGCUGACAAUCGAUUCGCGCCCUCAGUCUUUGGCAAGGUCACCGCUCCUAGACGUUGCCCGCGCGUCCAGGAGUAUUCCCUCCGAGCGCAGGAUGACGAGGCGGAGUGUCGCAAGUGUCAAAUCUAGCAGAUGGCAGGACCGCCUCGCAGAGGCAGAGGAGGAGUAUGCCGACAACGCGCCGGAGCGCCUGGCUACUCGCGACAUCAACUUCCUGACGCUCUCACAGUUGGGAAGCCCGACGCCACCUGACACGGAUGAUUCCCAGGACGAGAAGGACUACAAGUCGCUCGAUGCGAAGCUGAACGAGCGGUUCAAGGACGAGUCAGUUGAGGCUUACACCGCCAAUCUCAACCAAGCCGCAUCUCCCAAGGCUCUUUGGAGACCCGUGACACAGCAAACUGCAACCCCAGCAAUCUCACUCCUCUGGGCCCACAUCCCCGCCCAAUCCACCGAAGCGCAGGUCUCUCCGAUCGAUCAAGGGUCAUCAGCUCGGACUGCACCCCGGAAGGAUCUCGAGCCCCUCACCAUUGAGAGCCGACAAUUAUGGCAGCAAAAUCGCAAUGCUACCAAGCGGUCCUUGAGCGGUCUGUGGCAACCGCCCUACGCUCAGAGGCAGUCAGCCAUCGCCACCAAGACGCCGGCCCCCAGCAACGUAGCUAGGGAAGAGCCUCGCGCCGUCGAGAAACCUACUCGUCCGGUCACGGUCAGGCCGCCGCGAAGAAGCCGCCGCAUAACAAUGCUCCCUGACAUCAUCGAGGACCCUCAGCCGCUCCCAGACAAGAGGGGCACCCUUGGUAUCUUCCAGUUCCCCUGGGGCGAGAAAUCGGACACAGGCGUCGUGCAUCCCCGUCAGACCAUGUUCGCCAUCCCAGGGACCAUGGCAUCCGGAGGCCCGGCCAUCAAUGCUGCGCUCCAGGCGCGCUCGAGGCAGAUCGAAGAGACGGAAUAUUCGUCCUCCUUCUUUGAUGACUACGAGGAUGAGGAAGAUGGUGACAACAUUGAUGACUCUGAAGAGGAAGGCGAGAACUCUGGCGACGACUUUGACGAGACCACGCUUUGGGAAAUUGCCAGUCUGCUCAAGACCGACUCUGUUCUCCCUUCCAAGAACAGCCUCCUGCCGCCCCGUGAUGGCCCCACCAGCUCUGUUGUUGAUGACUACCUGGACGAGGUUGAUGACGCCCGCGAAUCCAUCGUGGUCGGACUUGAAGGUAUCCUAGAGGAAGACGAGGAGCUCGCCGCUCAAUCUGCUGUUGUACCCGCGCUGUGGACCCCUGCAUUGUCUGUCCAGGAGAAGAGGCGCAGCCAGCAUGGCCUCGGUGUUUCCCAGCCUGAUUCGGCCACCUGGAAGAGCUACGACAACGUCUCGGAAACCAUCCGCUCGCAGCCUAGGCAGUCUGUAAUUGCGCCGAUCGAGACUGAUCAGCUCUGGGAGCCUGCUGGGUCGACCAAGAAGUCUGCUGUCGUCGCCAUGUGGUCUGCUGCCGCAGUUGUUUCCCAGGUCAAGGGCAACCACGGCAAGGGCCUUCCGCAACCUGAUGCCUCCACUUGGGCCAGGUAUGACGCAGUCCAGGAGACUGUCAGGAGCAAGCCGCGCGUUUCGGAGGAGCCCCUUCUUAUCGAGAGCACGAAUCUUUGGCAGGCUGCUGGUCAACCAGUGAACAAGGCUACUGCUAUGUGGUCUGCUGCUACAGUUGUUUCCCAUAUCAAGGGCAACCACGGUAAGGGUGUUUCUCAGCCUGACGAGGCCACCUGGAGCAAGUAUGACGUUGUGCGUGAAACCUCGCGCGCAAAGCCCCGUCAAGCCGAGCCUGCCAUUAUCGAGAGCCAGGCGCUGUGGGUUGACUCCCCGCAAGAGGCCCCCAAGGAUGAGGUUAACUGGAGCCAAGCAGGCUCUAGGGCUGUCUCUAGAUCCAAGGUACCCAUCCUAGCCUCGUCUGUCGCCACGUUUGGCGUCUGGUCCGCAUCGAGCGUUGUUUCACAGGCACGUGGUAGCCACGGCAAGGGUCUCGCCCAAACGCACGAUUGGGAGCGGUAUAAUGCGGCCACCGAAACUAUCCGCGCAAAGCCCCGUCAAGCCGAGCCUGCUAUUAUCGAAAGCCAGACUCUGUGGGUUGACUCCCCGCAAGAGGCCCCCAAGGAUGAGGUUAACUGGAGCCAAGCAGGCUCUAGGGCUGUCUCUAAAUCCAAGGUACCCAUCCUAGCCUCGUCUGUCGCCACGUUUGGCGUCUGGUCCGCAUCGAAUAUUGUUUCACAGGCACGUGGUAGCCACGGCAAGGGUCUCGCCCAAACGCACGAUUGGGAGCGGUAUAAUGCGGCCACCGAAACUAUCCGUGCAAAGCCUCGUCAAGCUGAGCCUGCUAUCAUCGAGAGCCAGACUCUGUGGGCUGACUCGCUAUCUGAGUCGCUCAAGGCUGAGGUUGACUGGAGCCAGGCAGGCUCUAGCGCUGUAUCCGGUCCCAAGGCAUCCACCAUGGCAGCCUCAGCUGUUGCUACGACUGGUGUCUGGUCCGCCUCGAGCGUUGUCCCGCAGGCACGUGGUGACCACGGCAAAGGCCUUGCCCAGCCGAGCAACUGGGAGGAGCUGUACAGUGCCACCACGGGGACCAUUCGCACAAAACCACGCCAGUCGGAGCCUGCAAUCGUCGAAAGCUCUGAUCUUUGGUCUCGGUUGGCACAGCCUUCCAGGACCGAGGUGAACUGGAGCAAAGUUGGCAUUACUGCUCAAUCUAGCCCCAAGACAACCGUGGGAACAUGGUCUGCUGCCAGUGUCGUAACGACCAUCCGUGGCGAGCAUGGCAAGGGCCUUUCACAGCCCGCUGAUUGGCACAUGUAUGAUGCUGCUACAGAGACUAGCCGCGCAAAGCCCCGUCAAUCCGAACCGGCUACCAUUGAAAGCUCCUCCCUCUGGGUUUCGCCUCCCCAGUCCCCGCAGGCUGCAAGAGACUGGAGCACGGUUGGGUCAACCUCGACACCCCAAUCGCCUAUCUCGAACGUCUCCACCGUCUCUUCCGUUUCCCCGGUGGCAGCCGCCGGCGUAUGGACUGCAACCACCACCCCGAAGGCUCGAGGCGAGCACAACAAGGGCCUUCCGCAGCCCGAGAACUGGCAGCUGUACAAUGCCACGGCAGAGACCGCCAGGGCGAAGCCACGCAAGGCCGAGCUUGCGGCUGUUGAGAGCACCAGCCUAUGGGCUGAGCCGACUGCGGCCAAGAAGGUCACGGACUGGAGCAGAGUUGCUGUGUUCAAAGCGCCCAAGGGCCCUGAAAUCCACAAGACUCGGCCGUCGACACCUCCACGAAAGGUGCGGUCCAGGGCCAACACUAUCUCCCCGGCCCACAGCCUGCUUUCGACCCCGAUGAGCACACCUCGCAUCAGAACCGACAACUGGCCUCUUUGGCCUCUCUGGACGCCUGUGCCGCGCACGCCGAUCGUCUUCCAAAACAACGGUGGCCUGUUCCAGCCCCGCCCGCCGAAACCCAACACACGCACCACUGACGAAGAGCCUGCUGCCAUCGAGAUGGAGCGUUACAUCCGGGGCCCCGACUACAAGGAGUUGGACCAGCUCGAAUCCACUGGUAUGUGGACUUCGCCGGUUGUUGCCAAGACACAGGAGACCAACUGGAUCAAGGCUGCGUCAUCAUCGAGGAUGGAGAAGAAGUUCGCUACGGCGGCACAGUGGCAGCUCGAGCUCAAAGAGGCCGAGGAGAAGAGCUAUCCUUCAGAGUGGAUGCCGCGGAUUUCAGCAUCUAUCGAUGACUGGGAUGCCGCGCUCGAGGUUGCCAUCAUGAUGUCGCAGAUUUCCGACCACGAGUUCCCUAUGGAGGAAGCACCCUCACAAAAGCCCAAGGCCCCCGUCGACUACAGCCACCGCAGGGUUACCACCGAUGACUGGGACGCUGCCCUCGAGGUGGCACUCAUGAUGUCCAACCUGCCCGAGCCAAACUACCCUAUGGCUCCCGUCAAGGCCAAGGCCCCCGUUGACCGCAGCCAUCGCAACGUGACUGCCGCCGACUGGGAUGCCGCUCUCGAGGUCGCCAUUGCCAUGUCCGAACCAGUGGCCCCAGAGCAGGCUGCCUACAGCGAGGAGAUGCCCACCGGAUUCGGCGCCGACGACGACAUCAUGGCUCAGAUCAGGGCACUCGAGGAGGAGAGAAUGUUUGCCGAGCAGCAGGCCGAGCGCGGAUCCAUGUUCCCGGGUUCGUACGACCAGUCGCAGGAGCAGUUCCAGCCCCUCGUGCCCCAGGUUGCACCCCUGCCGCAGGAUACCUUUGUCGCGCAGGAGACCUUUGUCGCGCAGGAGAACAACUACUGGACGCCUCAGGAUCAGCAGCAGUACGACAACUACCCAUUCCAGGGUCAGUACGUCGACUACUCGGCCCAGCAACAGUUCGUCGCUCCUGCGGCGCCCCAGCAGACGAGCUACCCCAGCGUUUUCGUGGGUGCCGACGGUCAGAUCUAUCACUAUCCCUCGCAGCCUGUCGAGGAGCCGCAGCCACAACAGCAGCCGCAACCGCAGCAGCCACAGCAGUCACAGCUGUCACAGCAGCCGCAGCCAAAGGAGGAUGAGGAGGAGCAGGCUGCCCAGUCAAUGGGUAGCCGUGUUAUGCUCAGGUAUUAA